CAAUGAACGAGAAGGAACGAUGAUUAUUAGAUUAGAAAAGAAGCCCUGGCUGAAUUUGUCCCAUCUUCCCACCGGAAAAACAGAAUUUGUCUCAUGUGCCGUUUCGAGUGGGCCGGCGGAACCAAUCAGCAGCAGAAACGGCCGGCUGGCUGACAGCGGCUGUUUUGCACUCCGCCGUGACCGUGAGAAGAUUGGGGCCCACAGUCCACACGUGAGAGUGCGUACAUAGGAAGGAGUAAAUGGCGUGUGCUGGCCGGGCAGUCGCUGUCGAAGCGAGCUUGGAAUUUUGCAUGGACGACGAGAAAGAACGAAAAUAAAAUAGGUGCCGGUCCCGGGCCGGGAGAUCAAGUCAGAGCAUUUCGGUCGGUCCAAACGUAUUUCAGAGGGGCUGACCGGACGGAUCCUCCAAAGCCAAGGCGUGGAGUAGAGUAGUACUCCAUUCUUGAUAUCUUCUUCUUCGUCUUCCUCCCGUCCGGCGGCGGCCCGGUCCUCCGUUGGCGCUGGGGGAUCCUUUCUUCCGCAUCAGCCUCCAUCUUGUUUGACGGCUUGUGUGUUGUGUGGCCGAAUUGGAUCACCACCUUCAAGGUUACUUACAGCGUCGGAGUAAGAGAGAGAGAGAUUGCUUCAUGAUUUGGACAACUGUCAUAUUAUGCUACUGAAAGAAACUUAACUUCAUUUCCUUUUGUGUGCAUCUGUAUCAUCAUCAUCAUGGCCGGAAGCUCGGAUUAUCAGCCUUUUAACCUGGCAGCAAGAGUCGUAGGAAAGAGGCGACGACUCAUACCUGCCAAGUUGAAGUCGGCGAUACCCGCCAUUGCUCUGCUUCUGUCGGCGGUGGCCAUUGUUGGUGCCAUAACCCAGUACCACCGGAGCAUCACCUACUUCCUGCGGCCGCUGUGGGACACGCCGCCCAAGCCCUUCACCGUCAUCCCGCACUACUACGCCCCCAACACCUCCAUGGCCGAGCUGUGCGCGCUCCACGGCUGGCGCGCCCGCGCCUCCCCUCGCCGCGUCUUCGACGCCGUCCUCUUCAACAACGAGCUGGACAUCCUGGAGAUCCGGUACCGCGAGCUGCUCCCCUACGUCCACAAGCUGGUCAUCCUGGAGGCCAACGCCACCUUCACCGGCAUCCCCAAGCCGCUCUCCUUCGCCGAGAACCUGGAGCGCUUCGCGUUCGCGAGGUCCAAGAUCGUCUACGACAGGCUCCCCAUCGCCACACCGGGGUCAUCGCCAGGUCGCCGCCGGGAAGAGCCGUUCGACCUGGAAGCCAGGCACCGGCGCGCGCUGAACGCGCUGCUGCGGCGGUCGGGCGUCGCGGGCGGGGACGUGGUGAUCAUGGCGGACGCGGACGAGAUCCCGAGCCCGGAGACGGUGCAGCUGCUGCGGUGGUGCGACGGGGUGCCGCCGGUGAUGCACCUGCAGCUGGAGAACUACGUCUACUCCUUCGAGUUCCCCGUGGACCGCGGCAGCUGGAGGGCGACGGCGCACCUCUUCAGCGAGCGGCGCACGGCGUACCAGCACUCCCGGCAGAGCGACCUGAUGCUAGCGGACGCCGGGUGGCACUGCAGCUUCUGCUUCAGGGAGAUCGCCGAGUUUGCGUUCAAGAUGAAGGCGUACAGCCACGCGGACCGGGUGAGGCGGCAGAGCUUCCUCGACCCGGAGAGGAUCCAGCGGGUCGUAUGUGCCGCCGACGACCUGUUCGACAUGCUCCCCGAGGAGUACACCUUCAGGGAUCUCUUCACGAAGAUGGGGCCAAUACCCAGGUCGGCGUCGGCCAUGCACCUGCCUUCCUAUUUGAUCAAGAACGCACACAGAUUCAGGUUCUUGCUUCCUGGUGGAUGCUUGAGAUCAGGUUAAAACAAUCACUGUUUUGUUUGUGAGUUUUUGUCACCCGGCAAACCUUACUCACUGAUAUGCUGUUGUUUCUAAAUGUGCAAAGUGUAUCUCGUUUGAUGUGAAACAGUAUUAAUCUAGACAUGAUAUACAGUUUACAUUUUUGUUUA